AACACUGACAGCAGGACACAGCAGACUGCUGAGGUCUCCAUGAUGCUCAUUCAUGAUUCCUGGCCCCAGUCUGCUCCUCCUGGCCUACUACUGAUCCUCCUACUGGGACUCACAGGAACUGCUGCAGCUGAGCUGCAGGUGAUCCAGCCUGACAGGGCGGUGUCUGUCGCCGCUGGAGAGACGGCCAUGCUGCGCUGCACUGUGACCUCCAUGCUCCCUGUGGGGCCCAUCCAGUGGUUCAGGGGGAAAGGACCAAGACAGGACCUGAUCAUCCAUUUCAAAGAACAACACAACCCACGCAUCAUAAUAGUUUCAGAUCCCACACAGAGAGACAACGUGGACUUUUCCAUCCGCAUCAGGAACAUCACUCCAGCAGAUGCGGGCACCUACUACUGCGUGAAGUUCCAGAAGACAGCCACUGAGGGGGACAAGGAGUUUAAGUCUGGACCAGGCACUGAGCUGUCUGUGAUUGGUGAGUACAAUGGGGAGCUGCAGGUGAUACAGCCAUACAGAUUAGUGUCUGUCACCGCUGGAGAGAUGGUCACACUGCCCUGCACUGUGACCUCCCUGCGCCCUGUGGGACCCAUCCAGUGGUUCAGGGGGAAAGGACAAAGCAGAGAGUUGAUCUUCCAGUUCCAAGAGCCCUACCAUACACGCGUCACACCAGUUUCAGAUCCCACCCAGAGAGGCAACAUGGACUUUUCCAUCCGCAUCAGGAACAUCACCCCAGCAGACGCGGGCACCUACUACUGCGUGAAGUUCCAGAAGACAGCCACUGAGGGGGACCAGGAGUUUAAGUCUGGUCCAGGCACUGAGCUGUCUGUGAGUGGUACGAUGUAUUUUAAUCUUGCUGUGCUCCUGAUAAUUCUGCUCUUCAGCUCCAAGGUGUUGCUGGCAGUUGGAGUCUCUGCCAUCUACAUCCAUAGGAAACAGAUGCGCUCUCCUUCCUCCAACUCUGCCAAACAGGACUCUCGGUCACUGACAUCUUCACACUUGAAAACAUCCAACCUGGGGUAAAAAGCAGACCGGAACUUUUCAAGGACUCUGCUCCAGAUGCCCCCAGAUUUCUGUUUCUCAUCUGUAUGGAGACGUGAUGCCCACCCACCACCCCCACAAUUUAGACUGCAUUUCUGCUCCUGAACUGAAGCUAUAAAACCAGCUCUGAGGACUGACUCAGAACAUCGCUUCAGGAUGUGAAAGAUGAGCCCAGCCUGAACACAUUAAGAGGCUCCCACCCAUCACUUC